AUGGACUACAGUCUAGCCGCACUGAAGUUACUUUGUAUGCAACUAAAGAGUGCCCGCCAUAUACCCUCUAGCUCUCCGUCCAACUUUAUCCUGGGUGACAUUCUUUUUCAGCGCGCCUGGGUCCAGGGCAUUGUAGUGUCGAUACCGACUCCUUCCAGCGAAAAUGGCCGCUUUCUCCUUGAUGAUGGCACAGGCAUUAUUGAAAUUCUUCUCACUGGCGAAUUCCUCAACCGUCAUUGGGAAACUGGGAUGUAUUUGAUGGUGGUUGGAGGGUACUCAAUGAGGCCAGAUGACUUGCCCUUCAUUAAGGCUCACAAGAUGGUUGAUCUUUCUGCAUUUCCAGACCGAGAGUCGAUGUGGUAUCUUGAAGUCAUUGAGGCCUUCAAACUUUUCUAUCAUCAAACUUUGUAG